UACAGGUGAUCAUGCUGAAGAACAGAUGGGUUACAGGUGAUGAUGCUGAAUGACAGAUGGGUUACAGGUGAAGGGUACACAAAUAUUAUAGUGGGUUAUGACACUGCUGCAGAAUCACACAUAUUUAAAUAUGAUAAAUGAUGUUUUAAUCUCUAAACAGAUUAUGAAUUGUAUUAAUCUUAAAUAUUCCCAUUACACAGUCAAUUCAGGAAAUGAAUUUAAAUUCCAUUUCAAUUGAAAGGAUGAGAGAGAGAGAGAGAGAGAGAGAGAGAAAAAAAUGGAGGGAGGGGUCUGACUGGAUGGGUCCUUAAAAAGGAGAGGAGGAAGAGGUAGAACUCAACUCACAGGCAGGACAGAGAGAGAGAGACUAGAACUCAACUCACAGGCAGGACAGAGAGAGAGAGAGAGACUAGAACUCAACUCACAGGCAGGACAGAGCGAGAGAGAGAGAGAGAGAGAGAGAGACAGAGAGAGAGAGACUAGAACUCAACUCACAGGCAGGACAGAGAGAGAGAGAGACCCAGUGAAGACCUUUGAAGAUCUCUGAAGAAGUGAAGCUACAACUGAAGACUUCAGAAGGAGACUAUCACCAUGGCGAUGUUGACCACUCUUCUGCUUCUCAGCGCUGUCUUUGCUCUGGGAGAUGCAAGGGGUAGCAGAGAGAGGCAUCACAGAGUCUGCCCACCUGGCUGGCCCAGAUAUGCGACACACUGCUAUCACUACGUCCCCGUCCAGACCACAUGGCCAGAGGCAGAGAGGAAAUGUUUGCUCCUGGGAGGUAACCUGGCGUCAGUGCACAGCCUUCCCCAGUAUCGUUUCCUUCAGUCUGUCAUCAGUAAUAGUACCGGUAAAGUCCAGCGCACCUGGAUUGGAGCCAACGAUGCCAUCGAGGAGGGUCUUUGGCUGUGGAGCGACGGGUCCAGGUUUAACUACCAGAACUGGGCCCCGGGUCAACCCUCUAACUCCGACCAUUUUGUUGUGAAAGACAACACGAACUGCCGGGAGCAUUGCAUGGAGAUGAAUUAUGGAGCUUCCCGCGGUCAGAAUGAUGCCCCCUGCUGGUACAAACGUCCAUUCCUGUGUUCCAGAAAGCGCUGAUGUCCACAUUUUGGGAGAGACAACAUUGGAGAAGCUCUCAGAUUGUUUUAAAUAAAGGCACCGUCUGCAAUGUUA